AUGAUAAAUGAUGUACUACGAGCAAUAUUUUUGACAAACCAUUGCCUCGUUUUAGAUCACGCCUCGUUGUCUGUCGCACAUGGUAGAAAGAGAGGUCCGUUCGACUUGAGGCAUCGGAGUUCCACUGCUGGUCCGAAUUACAAAACUAAAGAUGCCGGAAAGGUGGUGAUGUACUCUACGACGAUGGGAAUCGUCAGAGAAACAUAUUACGCUUGCAUGAAAGUCAAACAAAUUUUAAGGACGCAUUUGGUCAAAUACGAAGAAAGGGAUAUGUUCAUGAGCAGUGAGUCGCAGUCUGAGCUUAGAGACAGAAUUGGCUCUACUAUCAUUCAAGUGCCACAACUUUUCAUCGAUGGGCAAUACAUUGGAGAUGCUUACCGAGCCAAGCCAAAACAUUCACUGAAUCAGUGCGACAAAAAGUGGGGACACUUUCAAGCGACACCGUAUCCAUGA